AUGCCGUCAUUCCACAUUCUUGUCAUCCUUCUCCUCCUUGCCACCACCAUCGUCUCCUCGUUCAUCCUCCAAGAUCUUCCACUGGAACGUUUCGAACGGAGUGGUGGACACGACGAGUUGUUUGCUCCACAGCAGUUCGAACGACACGCUCGCUCAGGACAUGUUUACAGGCCGGGUGGCAACUUUUGGCAGAGAUAUAGAUAUAGGUUCGUUGAUUUCUUUUUGGGGUUCCGAGCCAGAAAAAAAUUGUAUAAAUUGCAUACAUUUUUGACAUAG